UCAACAGAGGAGUCAGCAACAUAGAGCCACUGUGCGAGAAACUCUAUUGAUUUGAACUUCAUUUCAAGAUGAUGAGUGCAGAAGGAAGGGCCGAUACAGCGUACAGUCUUCCACAUUCAGUGAAGAUGAACGACUCUGUCUCCCCCACAGCUCAUGACAGUAAAUAUAACAUAUCUGCGUCGGCAGUCUCGCCUAUUGGCUCCGCCUUGAUAUUACUCCAAGGAACAAUCCUCGAGGGCCACUCGUCCUUAAACCACAAAAACAAAUCUGGUAGCAGCGGUGGGAUUGAACUGUAUGUAGAUUCCAGUGGUCUUCUGUUGAACGAGACGGGUGAAGGUGUUGAGGCCCACAGCCUUCCGGGGUUAAGCGACAACGCUCGAUCUGUGAUAGCCGUGUACUGUGUUCUCUUCACCGUGGCUGCCAUCGGCAAUCUGUCCGUGUUCCUCACUCUUUUACGGGCGAGACACCGGAAGUCCAGGGUCAGUCUCCUCAUGACACAUCUAGCGGUCGCGGAUUUGAUUGUGACAUUUGUGAUGAUACCGCUCGAGGUGGGAUGGCGAGUCACGACCAAGUGGUUGGCGGGAAACUUCGCAUGCAAACUAUUUCUGUUCCUGCGCACGUUUGGUCUAUAUCUGUCGUCGAACAUUUUAGUAUGCAUAUCUCUGGACAGAUACUUUGCUAUUAUUUAUCCGCUCAAAGUAAGUGAUGCGAGGAGAAGAGGGAAGCUGAUGCUGCUGUUCGCUUGGUUCACGUCCUUGUUGUGCUCAAUACCACAGAGCGUGGUGUUCCACGUGUCGGAACACCCGGAGAAUCCGACCUUCUACCAGUGCGUGACGUUCGGGUUCUUUGCGACGCCCCGCCAGGAGAUGGCCUACAACCUGUUCUGCGUCGUCGCCAUGUACUUCUUGCCGCUGCUGGUCAUCAGCUUCGCCUAUUCCCGCAUCCUCUGCGUCAUCGUCAGCAGAUCCAGCGACACCAGAGGGAAACAGCAGGACCCAGGAGAACGGACCAACGGUAGAAUGCGCCUGCGCAGAAGUGACAUGAGCAACAUCGAGCGCGCACGCGCACGGACGCUAAGAAUGACCGUGACAAUCGUCGUCGCCUUCGUGUGGUGUUGGACGCCCUACGUCGUCAUCACCCUCUGGUACAUGUUUGAUCGCGACAGCGCCCAGCAGGUGGACUCCAGGUUGCAGGACGCGCUCUUCAUCAUGGUCGUGUCGAAUUCGUGUGUGAACCCGUUGGUGUACGGAUCUUAUACGACCAACUUCCGACGCGAAUGCAAGCUCUGCUUCGGAAGAACUUUCGGCGACUCCAGGCGAUGCCGUUCUCCGGUCCACUCGCUGCCCUCCUGGUCAGCCGAGUCGAGUGGCAAGAACUCCUAAUGCGGACGGUGUCAGCAGGACGCAGCAACAAAUGAUCUUCGACAAGAUUUCUUUGUCAUGGAUUCCGGUUCAUCACAAAUUUUCACACUUUUUGAAGAGAGCCGAUGUCUUGGAUAAGCGAGCUCAGCACAUCUGAGGACAACAUUUUCAAUGUGAUACUUCCUUCCUUAUUGGGCAAGCUUAUGACAGGCCACGGCGCUUCAGAAAAGGAAGUUCUAGCUGGAGGCGUGUUAAUGUUGUGCAGAUGUAAACACAAUUUACAUUUUUUUGUUAAUGAACAUCGCCCACAUGCGAAAUGAAAUCAUACGAUCGGCUGAUGACGUAAAGCCAGCUCACAGAAAGGAAUUAUUUAAUGAAGCGUUCUCUUAUGUUCCAGUUAUGUUCAGAAUUUAAUACGAUGAUAAUUUUGACUGACGAGUGUGACAAGAAUUACGUAUUUUUACACGAAAUCAACAUCUUCUGAAGGAAGAGACAGACGUCUUAGGCCAUAUGUAUUCUAUGUAGAAGGAAAAAAUGGACCACGAAUAGAAUAAAGUGUUCACUAAGGCUCGC